CACCUACAAGUGUCUACUUUCAAACACCCCCCUUCUCCCUGCUCACAGGAGUACUCCCCCGGGUACAAGAGACGAAGGACCGUGGAGGAUUUCAACAAGUUCUGCACCUUCGUCCUGGCCUAUGCCGGCUACAUCCCUUAUCCGAAGGAGGAACUCCCUUUGAGGAGCAGCCCCAGCCCUGCGAACAGCACCGCGGGCACCGUUGACAGCGACGGCUGGGACGCUGGCUUCAAUGACAUCUCGUCCGCGGUGCCCCUGCCAGUCUCCGACCGCUGCUUUAGCCACCUGCAGCCCAGCCUCUUGCAGCGCGCCAAGCCCAGUAACUUCCUGCUGGACAGAAAGAAGACCGACAAGCUGAAGAAGAAGAAGAAGAGGAAGCGCAGAGACAGCGAGGUGCCCGGGAAGGAGGGGUACGUGGGCAGCUUGCUGAAGCUGGAAGCCGCCGAUCCGUACGUGGAGACCCCCACGAGUCCCACCCUGCAGGGCAUGCCCCCGGCCCCUGGCGAUCCCUGCUCGGGCUGGGACUCCGACACUCCGUCCAGCGGCUCCUGUGCCACCGUGUCACCUGAUCAGGUCAAAGAAAUAAAGACUGAAGGCAAGCGGACUAUCGUCCGGCAGGGGAAGCAGGUGGUGUUCCGCGACGAGGACAGCACUGGCAAUGACGAGGACAUCAUGGUGGAUUCAGACGAUGACUCGUGGGACCUCGUCACCUGCUUCUGCAUGAAGCCAUUUGCCGGCCGCCCGAUGAUAGAGUGUAACGAGUGCCAUACUUGGAUUCACCUGUCCUGUGCCAAAAUCCGGAAAUCCAACGUGCCGGAAGUGUUUGUCUGCCAAAAGUGCCGGGACUCCAAGUUCGACAUCCGCCGCUCCAGCCGCUCCCGGAUGGGCUCCCGGAAGCUGUUUCUGGACUGACUGCUGGCGAGUGAGGAGACGGGGCGAGGAACCGGAAGGGACGGGACGGUGGGCUUUCUGGCCCCUUUCUUAGUUGAGCACAGAACUCUCAGCUCUGAUGCAGGCAGACCCCUGCCAUUCAGGUGCCUAAGCAAAAGGACAGGCUGUCCACGGUGUGAACUGUACAUAGCCGGUGACUGAAUAAAGUCCUGAGGCCAAAGCUGCUGCUAGAGCUGUGAUCUCUGCAGCGGAGGCGGACUCAGCAUCCGGGGCAGGGGGGUGGUCAGCUGACGAUGAGGGGCCGGGUAGUUGUGAAUCCUUGCUCUCGUUGACCAGCUCCCUCCGAUUGGAACAAGUGCUGUUACUCCUGCUUCCGCGUUGGGGACCAUUGUUCCCUGGCCUGUUAACGAACAGCCAUACGUGCAAGCGUUUUCUUGAGUGUGUCUUUUACCAUAAGUGUCUGUACAGCAACCAUCAGAGCUGCCCCUCCCUUAGUGGUCCGCCCUCCCUUGCCCGUUGGACUCCUUGCCUCACUCUGAGAGGAGCCAGGGGCGGGGGGCGAGCUAAUGGUCCCUAGUUUUUCUUCUGUUCGUUGAAAGGGGUUGUGUGUGGCCACUUCUCUGUAGAAAGAGGGUUGGUUGGGAGAUUGAAGUGGCCCGUGUUCAUAACCCAGUUUCCCGUUUUGCACGAUGUAAAAACUGUCUUUUUGCACGAUAUAGCCAAAAGUGUUGGCAGGUUUUUGCCUGGGUGCCCUCUCUCUGCAGUUGGUGUAUGGGGGGCCUAUGGGUGCCCAGGCAAGGUGUUUCCGAGGGAGGGCACUUAAGUUCCUUCUUCUCUCUCCCCCCCCACAUUAUUUCAGUAGCAGCGUAAAGGUUAGGCAGUCACUGGGGAGUGGGUAAUGGGUAAAGGAGAACUGGGAGGAGGGCCUCUCCCACGGGUGAUUCUUAGUGUCCCCUCAGACAGGUUGGCCUGCUGGUCCACAGGCCGAGGUUAGGACUUGAAGCCUUGUUGGUUUGAAUUGGUGAGUGAGUGAUAGGGUAACAUUGGCCUCUGGGUCUAUACCGGUGAGCUGUGCAGAGGUCCUCGGAUCUGGACUUGGGGACGCCCCUGUGGGCUCUGCUCCAGGCCGCUGUGCCCUGGGACACUGGUGGUCCUAGGGCCCCACGGGAGAAGGGCUUCAGCGCUGUCCCAAAUUGACAUUGCUCUCAGCAGUUCAAAUACUGGUUCUCGAAAAUUGGUGUUUUUGUGUGUUUUUUGUAAAUGGAUGGGUGUGUUUUCAUAAACAUUGUUUCUUGUAAAAGCGUGAAAAGGGAAGAAUGCCCAGGUUGGUCACGUUUGUUUACAGCAGGAUGGACCCGUCUCCCAGCAGGGGCUUCCCCCCCGGUGGCAUCCCUGUGCAGGGCCCCCCGCGGGGCCCUCCACGUUCUCACCGAAGCACCACGCGCUGAACUGUAGGCUAAUCAGAGCCCGUAUUUUGUCCUGGUACCGUUCAUGCUUGAGAAGCCAACUGCCUUUUGUUUUUUUUUUGUUUUUAAUUCUGUUGCUUUUAUUAACACAAAAGUAGGCAUCGUUUCGGAAACCCAGUUUAUUGUCAAGAUCCCCAAAGGAGAAGCUGUGCGGUGGAGAGAAAUAGUAGCUGGCUCAGAAACAACCUCCUCCCCGGACAGCUGGCUCUGACCCUGGUGAGGGCAAUGUGCGGGAGAAGUGGGGAGAGGAAUUUGCCAAAGAUCUGCCCCAGGACAUUGCCUGCCCAGUGUCUUCACCAUGAGAGUAGCCAAAGUUCCAAAGUGUUUCUUGUUUCUUUAAAAAUAACGCCACGCAGUUUUAAAGGUGCACUUAAGAGUACCUGUGAUUUUACAGUGGAACAGCCAACGCUGGUGACUGCUAUCUGCUCUUCGAAGGUUCGGCGCGGGGUGGCUCCUGGAAGGCUUCGGCAUUCAUCUCAAUUUCUGUUUCUUAUUUCCUUUUGGUUCUUUUAACAGGUGCAUCCCUGUGGGUGGUGUCUAAGAAGUCAAGGCACCUCGUGUUUUUUUUUUGUAUGUUGUGUUGAUUGAGCUGGCAGCUGCAAUCAGCUUUAUGCAAAUUAGGCAUGGCCCAGCUAGGGCUCUUGGUUGGUGGCUGAUGAGGUGAGGAGGGAAAGAUGUCACCCCAAAAGCAGGUCCCUCCCAUUGGCUUUGGCCAGGCCAGACACUUAACAUCGUUUACAUGGUUCUGUGUAAUUGUAAAGUUUGUGUAAAAAGCGAAGCUGUUUCUGUGAAACUGUAUAUUUUGUAAAUAAAGAUAUUGCUACUUUGAGGUUGA